AUGACCACCUCCUCGACUGCGCAAGAGCUAGAGAAGACGCUCACCGACCCUCGUUACGUGCGUGGUGUAUUGCUACUUAAAGAAAAACGUCUUGAGGAAGCUGUGAUGGCUUUUGAAGAUCUGCUGCGUACCAUGUGCGAAGCAGAGGGCAAGAGUGAUUCACUAGCUGUUGCGCCCGUUUACUACGAAUAUGGUCAUGCGUUGCUAAGUCUAACAGAAGCCACAGCGAGUUUAUUUGGUGGAGCUGUAGAGGGUGCAGCGGAUAGUGAUGAAGGUGAUGGUGAGCAGGACGCUAGAAAUACAGCAGACGAACUCGAGGCUGCGUGGGAAGUCAUGGAGCUCGCUCGUGUCAUUUAUUCGCGUUAUCCUGGCGAUGAGGCAGUUGAAACUCAGUUAGUUCGCGUCUAUACGCGACUUGGAGAUUUAGGACUUGAAAGUGACCAAUUUGAACAAGCAAGAGCAGACUUUGAAAAGGCUUUAGUCUUACGAAAGAAGCUGCUGAAGGCCACAAAUGCUGAAGAUACGACGCAACUAGCGGAUUUGUAUUGUCAAUUGGCUAUUGCGUGUAUCUAUCGAGAUUCAACAGCAGAUAAAGAGAAGGAGACGAUACCGAAUGAAGAAUUGACGCAUUAUAUGAUGGCUGGACGAGUUAUGGCGGAGAAUAUUCAUCGAAUAGCUAAAAAGUGCAAUGACAAAGUGCAGAAGUUUGUUGAAAGAAUUCCUACAUAUGCAUUGGAAGAAACGAGUGACUCAUCGAGUGAAGGAAAGAGAAAAGCAUCAUCUAGAGACAUUGAGGGGGAUACAUUGGUCUAUAUAGGAGACCACGUGGAGAAAAUGAAGGAAGAGUUUCUCCAGUGUAUUGAUACGGACGAGGACAACAUGAAAGAGCAUGAGAAGACAUUACUGGAGUACAUGGAGAUUUACUUAGAAUUGAAAGAAAAGGUAGAUGGUAUCAAGGAGACGAUAGCUGGAGCUGUGGCCAAAGAGAAGGCAGACACUAUCAUUGGGUUUGAUCAGAACAAAUCGAGUUCUUCUGCACCGACAGUGAAUGUAAUUCCAGUGGUCAAGAAGCGAAAAGUGGAGACACAGGAGACUUUAGCAAAUGGCAGCAAUUGA